GGUCUUAACGGAAGUGAACUUUCAGAAUCUUCGUGACCCUUCUCAAUACAUGACUUGACAUAGAAAAGAUAACGGUGUAAAUUUUUGCUCAUCUCUUGGAAGCGGAUUAUAGUUUUUAUAACCAACCUUCAACUAUAUGUGGAUUCACAGGCAGAUGUCGUGGUGGCAAGAUAGAUUGGAAUCAGUGACUUAACAGGAUGAAUUCAGAUUUGUCUUUUUCUGCAAUCUUAUACUAAAUAUCUCAGCCUGUACCACAGCUUUUGUCAGAACAACCUCAUUGUCCAGUUUUCUUAUAAUGGAAAUAUCAGCAUUUUCCUUUUUUAAACAACUAGAAAUGGACUUCAUAAUGAGAUGGUGAUUUCCCAAUUCAUCAAAUUGCACAGGUGAUAUUCACUCUACUCUGGCAGAAGAGAAUCACCUGAGAAACAUAUUUUUGCUAUGGGGCAAACAAAUGGAAUACUCACUAGAAAGAGGACAACUUUAUAGUCACUUGUUGUAUAAAAUAUAAUAGUGCCUAAUGCCCAAUUAGGUACCAGAAUAUAUAACAUGAAGCAUAGCAUAUUGAGUUUUGAAAGCAAACAAAGUCGGCAACCAUGAGUCUUGACAUGGGUGAAAUCAAUGUCAUUGAGAUGCGGAUGAUGGAUACCCGAAAAUACUAUCCACUGACUUUGGCUAGUGGAUUCUCCAUUCGCAGUAUCCUGUACCCAUUUAUGCUAAUAAAGACUCGCUUGCAGAUUCAAAGAGGAAACAGUCUUUACAAAGGUACAUUUGAUGCUUUUCUUAAAAUAGCACGAAGGGAAGGCGUGGCUGGUCUGUAUAGAGGAUUCUGGGUAAGCUGCUUGCAUCUAGGUCCAUCCAUGUCGUACAUCACGUCAUAUGAGUGGACACGCCACCACCUCUCUGAAAAAGCCAAGAUUACAAACACAAAAGUGCUCUCCUUGCCUUCAGGAGGUGUUGCCUCUGUAAUAGGUCAGACUUUCUCUGUACCAAUUGACAUUGUCACACAGCAUCUUAUGCUGAUGGGUCGAAAGACAGAAAGUUCCAAGCGUGUUCAAGAAAAGCUGUCAUCACUUCAAACCUUGUAUAUUCCUGAAGAGGCACGAUAUUCAAGAGUCGGGGCUGUGAAGGCUAUUGUGGAGGUUGUAUACAGGCAGGGUGGUAUAAUGGGAUUCUACAAAGGUUAUGUUGUAUCUCUGCUUGCUUUUGCACCAAACAGUGCUUUGUGGUGGUUCUUCUAUGACAUCUAUUCAGGUGGUUUGACAGCCAUUUCUCCAGAAUGGAUCCCUAGGCUUGCACUGAAAGUGGUGGCUGCUCCAGCUGGUGGAAUAUCCUCAGCUCUUAUCACACAUCCACUUGAUGUUAUCCGUGCUAGAAUUCAGGUAGAGGGACGACCAUUGAAAGAAACUAUUGAGAUUCUGUGGGCUGAAGAAGGCAUAUGGAUGCUGACCAAAGGAUUGUCAGCACGCCUGGUACAGUCGGUGACAUUUUCAUUUUUCAUCAUUCUUGGAUAUGAAACCAUAAAGCGAUGGAGCUUGCUUGAUCAUUACAAGGACAAGGUCCGAUGGUAAUGAUGGACUAUUUUAGAAUUAAGUAGGUUUGCUUGCUCAAAGCUUUCUUUAUAUGUGGUCAUCUAACAUUAAAUAGGCUUUUGUGAAACCGUUCAUUUUGUUAUUGCUGCAUUUAGUACAUGGUAUUUACAAGAGUCCUGCUGGCUUAGUGCUGGUUAAAGAGGAAAGCAGUAUAUUUAUGUUUGUAUGCUUCAUGCAAAAAAAAA